ACAAAUCGCCCAGUCGUAGUGGCGAAACGCAAGCUAUGUGGUUGACUCCGCUCUUUGUUAGAACUUUCCAAACAAAAUUAUUAACCAUGAUCGUCAUUAUUUACAUAUAAUUUAAUAAAACUACGACCUCCACAGGUCGAAUAUAAAAUCAGUUACAGUAUGUUGUUAAAUUUCAUAUUACUUUUGUUUUUGUUGAUUUUCAUCAGCGUACAGUCUUCUCUACAACACGAUGAUAAAGUGUUACAUAUCGGUGGCAUCUUUCCUAUUAAUGGAAAAGGAGGAUGGCAAGGAGGACAAGCUUGUGAGCCAGCUGUCCGGCUUGCUUUAGAAGACGUUAACAAGAAUAGUGUCCUAUCUGAAUAUCAACUCAAGUUACAUUGGAAUGAUAGCGAAUGUGAUCCUGGACUUAGUGCUUCGGUUUUGUAUGAUUUAUUAUACAAUAAACCACAAAAGCUAAUGUUAUUGGCUGGUUGUAGUACUGUGUGUACAACAGUCGCAGAAGCGGCCAAAAUGUGGAAUUUAGUUGUUCUUUGUUAUGGUGCUAGUUCGCCAGCAUUGUCAGAUCGAAAUCGUUUUCCUACAUUAUUUAGAACGCAUCCUUCGGCUACCGUCCAUAGCCCAACCAGAAUCACGUUAAUGAAAAAGUUUGGAUGGUAUAGGAUUGCAAUUCUUCAACAAACUGAAGAGGUGUUCAUUUCUACAAUGGAAGACAUAGAAACACGUUGUAAACAAAAUGGAAUUGAAAUAAUUACAAGACAAAGCUUUCUAAGUGAUCCCACCGAUGCUGUUAAAAAUUUACGAAGGCAGGAUGCAAGAAUCAUUGUAGGACUAUUUUAUGUCGUGGCUGCCAGAAAAGUUCUUUGUGAAAUAUAUAAACAGCAAAUGUAUGGAAAAGCUUAUGUUUGGUUCUUUAUAGGAUGGUAUGAAGACAACUGGUUCGAAGUUAAUUUGGAUAAAGAAGGUGUUGAAUGUACUAAAGAACAAAUGAGGAUAGCUGCGGAAGGCCAUAUCACCACUGAAGCUUUAAUGUGGAAUCAAAAUACUAAUCAAAAAACAGUAUCUGGAAUGACAUCAGAAGAUUUUCGUCAUAGAUUGGAAAAUGUUUUAAGAACAGAAGGAUAUGAAAUUGAUCGAGGUCGUUAUCCUGAAGGUUAUCAAGAAGCACCAUUAGCUUAUGAUGCCGUAUGGGCUGUAGCUUUAGCUUUCAAUAAAACUAUGACAAUAUUGGAGAAACAAGGAAAAUCAAUUUCAGAUUUUAAUUAUAACAAUAAAGAAAUCGCCGAUCACAUUUAUUCGGCAAUAAAUUCAACACAGUUUCUUGGAAUAUCUGGGCGUGUGGCAUUUAGUUCUCAAGGUGAUCGUAUUGCGUUAACUCAAAUUGAACAAGUUAUCGAUGGAAAAUAUGUAAAAUUAGGAUACUAUGAUGUACAGUCUGAUAAUUUAACAUGGUUCGAAAAAGAAAGAUGGAUAGGCGGGAAAAUACCACAAGAUAGAACUGUUAUUCGCCGAGUUUUACGAACGCUUUCUAUACCAUUGUUAAUUUGCACAUGGAUAGUAACAACUAUUGGAAUACUAAUAGCCAUUAGUUUAAUUAUGUUUAAUGUACUUAAUCAUCAUCGACGAGUUAUAGCUCAAUCUUAUCCUGCUUGUAAUACAAUAAUGUUAUCUGGAUGCGUAUUGAGCUUAAGCAGCAUAUAUUUAUACGGUUUAGAUGGUCAAAUAAUUUCGCCUGCUGUUUUUCCAAAUAUAUGUCAGAUCAAAACUUGGGUACUUUCAAUCGGAUUCACAUUAGGUUAUGGUGCUAUGUAUAGUAAAGUUUGGCGCGUUCAUAGAUUACAUACAAGUCAAAAAAAGAAUGCUAUUAGGAAAGCAUUGCAACCGUGGAAAAUGUAUUCAAUUGUAAUGUUUUUAUUGGCUGUUGAUAUUACAAUUCUAUUUUUGUGGCAAUGUAUGGAUCCAUUAAAGCGUAAUAUUCAAGUUUUUCCAUUGGAAAAUCCUCUCAACAGCAAUGACGAUGUUAAAAUAAUGCCCGAAUUAGAACAUUGCAAGAGCGAAAAUCAUAAUUUCUGGCUAAGUUUAACCCUCAGCUACAAAGGAUUGCUUUUAUUGUUUGGAUUAUUCGUUUCAUAUGAGACCAGAAGCGUUAAGUUAAGACAAAUUAACGACUCGCGCUAUGUGGGAAUGUCAAUUUACAAUGUGGUGGUUACUUGUUUGAUAACAGCUCCUGUAAUAAUAGUUACUGCAUCACAACAAGACGCUAGUUUUGCUUUUGUAUCGUUGUCUGUUAUAUUUUGUUGUUUCCUUUCGAUGGCUUUAAUAUUUGUGCCGAAAGUAAUUGAAGUAAUUCGUGAUCCACAUGAUAAACCUGAAUCAAAGUACAACCCCGACGCUGGAAUGUCAAAAGAAGACGAAGAUAAAUAUAAGCGUUUAAUUGAUGAAAACAAACAACUUGCGCAAAAAAUUAAAGAGAAAGAAGAACGUCUCAAACAAUUAAAAGCUGAUUUGGCUAGCUUGAGGGGUGAUCCAGAUAAGACUGAAUUAAAGUGGAAUGAUGAAUCACAGCUGACUGAACAUUCGUUUUUAUCACAGUCGGUAAAUAAAGAUACUUUAAUUGUAGCAGAUUUCAUAACUGGCGAAGGUACAUCAGAUUCAGCAUUUAUUGCUGGUACGACUACUUCUUAUUCUAGAGCUAGCGCUUCCGAUGUCGAGUUUUCUGAAUCAUAUCUGUAAACCUUUUUCCUAUCUAACAAUUUAUUGAAAAUGAAUUUUGAACCCAAUCGACCAAAUUCAAUCAUUUACUUAACAGGGUGUUUUAAACAAUUUCUAUUUCAAAAAUGGUAUUCGUUUAUUUAUAGAUAGAUCUUCAGUAUAUCAUUUUAAUACGCUCUACAUAGAAAACUAGAAAACAGUCUUCUCAAUAAAAAAUUAUAAAUCCAAUAACACUAUUACCAGAUCAUAAUCAAUAACAAAAAGUAAUCAUCUAAUUUAAAAGACUAAAAUUUAGCAUUCUAGUAAUACUGACAUUUUCUGAAAGUUCCACGUAAUUGUUGGUAAUUAAAACAACUUAAUAUUACAAUAAUUACGCCAAAUACAAUUUAUUAAACAUUAAUUACAAUCAUUGUUUUUAAAACAACGUACAACAAACACGGUUUAUAGGAAAUAUAUGUGCAUGUGUUGUUUUAUUUUUCUAAAAUUUUAUAUUGCUAAUUUAUUAUAAAAAUUCUUUGAAUAUUUUCGAUUAUUUUAUUUUAUUGAGAUAAAAAUAAUAGAUUUUUUUUUAUGGCUUAUAAAGAUAAAUAGUGUAUGCUUAAUAUUAAUUAGUAAUAUCUACCAAACAAUAUAUUGUUACAAUAAAAUCUUUAUUUUUACUCCAAAACUUUAUAAAAAGUCACAUUGACAUUAUUAUUGAAAAUUAAUCAUUUUCCCUUUAAUUUAGGUGUUUAUCUAUUAAAUAAUAUGUAGUGUAGAUAUUAGCACCCAUCAGACUUAAUAUUUAUUGUCAUCAAAUAUUUUUACUAGUAAUAGACGCUAUGUGCGCAGUUUUUUAGUUUGAAAUCUAAUGGUAGAUAGUUACACUACUUGAAAAUUUUGUUGGGAAACUUAUUCAAAAAUUAAUCCUGCAACUUUAAUUUAGCCAUAAAAUAUUAAAUACUAAAUUACAGUUGCUCAUUUUCUUAAACAUCUCUUUCUAAAUGAAAAACAUAUCACAAUUUAAUUGUACAAUAAAUAUACAUGACAAGCUCUUAUAUUCUAUGAAACUAAUAAUAAAAUAAUAAUUUAAAA